UCGGUCGCUGGCCAUCGGCCGUCGGGCCACAGGCCGCUCUUCUUCUUAACCCGCAUGGUCUCCUUCCUGCACUCCGCUCGGGAGGCCCUCAUGAGUGCGCACCGCGGACGUUGGCGCCUCGCCGCGCGCGUCGUCGUCGAGCGGUGAUUUGUGUCGUCUCGCGUGGCAGCGCCGGCGCGAAGGUGGAUGUCAAGGGCCUGCAGGUGCUCAUCGCGUCCACCGCCAUGCCCGACCUCUUCCUGUUCCUCAGGUCGCUCAUGGGGUCGCCGGGGAGCAACUACCUGGGCAAGAUUUUCUGAAUACUCGACGGCAUCAUCGACCAUUUCCUGGCCGCAGCAGCCUCCUUUUCCACGUUGAGACAUGAAUUGGAUUGGUUGGAUGGAUAAUUAUGUACGUAAGGUUGGAUUGGAUAGGAUUAGAUAUUGAAGACUAACUUCUGGGAUUGGACUGGAUGGUAAUGUGAUUUCAAUUGGAUGUCGUUGGAUAUCAUCAGUUGGAUUUUGGAUGAUGAACCAUUCCCAGGAGUACAUUAAGCAUUAGAUCAAACUUCUAGAAUCAUUACGAAAAUCAAAUAGAACGGGUAGUUCUAUAGAAAAUUCAGAGAAAAUGAGGUGCAAUUGGAAAAAAAUGUAAGGUUGUGUCUAAUUCUAUCAAAUAGUCCAUGCGCUAUUUGUGUUUUAUUUCCAUCAAAAUGAUCAUUCCUAUAGCUCUACUAUUUUUUCUAUGCUAUAAAGCAUGAUAAUCCUAUAUUUGCUAUAUUCUUCGCUAUGGAUAAUGACUUAUUGCAAAGGAUCUUUUUUAUCACUAAUGUGAUCGGUUUCAAUAUAUAAUUGACAGAUGCUGACAGCUAGUUGCCAGUUGCCACUGGUUCUUAAUGCUGAAUUGUUGUACCUACAAAAAUCAGGUAAUAAUCAUUUGUAACACCAUAUGUCGUAAAAUGAUAUCGAUCUAAUUGGUUGUAUUUUGCUGCUCAAUGAACAUGGCAAAGUGUUAAACUUGUGGCCAUCCUUAGGAAAUAGCAAGCCAAAUAACAUAUAUCACUAACAAGUACAAGAAAAAAAAUCGAAGAUACCUAAAAAAGUAUUGGCCAGUUGAUUAGAUCAUACCCCUUGUCCAUCUGAAAGACAAACUCUUUUCAUCCUAUUUGAGUCAAUAAUAUAUGCUACUAGUUUUAGUAGCAAACCUAUGGCUUCACUAAUUAGGCGAAAACUAGAAUGAUCUUUUUCAAACGGCAGCUCAUUGUCAUUCAAUUAUCAUAUUGUCAUGAUGCAAUAUAAUGUUGUCAUCUCAUAAGGCAUCUAAUAACUUAUGACCUAUACGUGUUUGCACGCCAUUAAUACAUUGUCGGUUUCACCGAUUUUAUGGAGGGUUGCUUCUCCAUAGAUGUAUAGUUUUUAUAGUUUUUACUCUUAUCUUCAAGACUUCAAUAAUAGAUAGACGUUGGACCUUAUGUCAUUCAGUAACCGCUUAUUCAUGAGCUUUUGUUGCCUUCUCCUGGUGUAACUGCCCUCCUCCUCUCUUUUUUGACGUGUAUGUGACGCGGCUCUCCCUCCAUCUUCUUUAUAUUUUCGGCGGACCUUGUUAAAACAUUCAAGUUUUUCUCUUUCGUGGACCAAGAUAGUCGUCAAGAGCUGGGAGGAGGAGGACAAGGCUGAGAGCUUUGUUGUGCUGCGAGUCCAAGCUCGACAGGACCACUGCCACUGUGAAGCACAGCGGCAGCGGCGACAAGACGAGGAGGCGGAAGCUGCCAAGCGGGUAGAUCUACGCAAAUGGAGACCAAGGACGUGGCCCCGCUCCCCGCCACCACCGCAGCCGGCGCCGCCGCGCCCGUGCCUGCACCGGCGUCUCAGACGCCGCCGCCUUCUUCUAUGCCGCCGCCGCCGCCGCAGCCGCAGCACCACCAGCCCCCGCCGCCGCCGUUCGCGCAGCAGCAGGCGGCCCCCGCGCCGUCGCCUGGGGCCCCCAUGCCCGGCGGCAUGCGCCUCUCGUUCGACCAGAUGGCGGGGAAGACGGAGCGCCACCAGCACCACGCGGCGCCCAUGCUGUACGCGCCGCCGCCGCCGCAGUCCGCCGCGGGCGCGCCGGGGGGCAAUGUGCUGGGCAUGGGCGAGCUGAUGCGCAAGAAGCGCGGGCGGCCGCGCAAGUACGCUCCCGACGGCAGCAUGGCCCUGGCACUGGCCCCCAUCUCCUCCGCCUCCGCCGGCGGCGGCGCGGCCCCUGGCCAGCAGCAGCACGGCGGGUUCUCCAUCAGCAGUCCCCCGUCCGACCCCAACGCCAAGCGCCGUGGCAGGCCCCCGGGCUCCGGCAAGAAGAAGCAGUUCGAAGCCCUGGGUUCUUGGGGCAUCGCCUUCACCCCUCACAUCCUCACCGUCAAGGCCGGCGAGGAUGUUGCAUCCAAAAUAAUGACGUUCUCACAGCAAGGCCCUCGCACAGUCUGCAUCCUUUCUGCUAAUGGUGCAAUUAGCAAUGUAACUCUUCGGCAGCCUGCUACAUCUGGUGGAUUAGUUACUUAUGAGGGCCGCUUUGAGAUCAUCUCACUAUCUGGUUCUUUCCUGCUCGCGGAGGAUGGUGACACUCGCAGCAGGACUGGUGGUUUAAGUGUCGCACUUGCAGGAUCUGAUGGACGAGUGCUUGGAGGAUGUGUUGCUGGAAUGCUCAUGGCAGCAACUCCUGUUCAGGUUGUGGUGGCCAGUUUCAUCGCAGAGGGCAAGAAAUCAAAGCCAGCCGAGGCACGGAAGGUCGAACCAAUGUCUGCUCCUCCACCACAGAUGCCUACCUUCGUGCCACCUCCUGUGGCCACCAGCCCUCCAUCUGAGGGCACAUCCAGUGCAUCAUCUGAUGACUCUGGCAGCCCGAUUAACCACAGCACCAUGCCCUUCAACCACUCCGGCCAGCACCAGCAUCAGCACCCUCACCAGCACCAGCACAUGCCGCCUGCCUAUGCUUCUGGUGGCUGGUCCCUCUCCGCGCACCAGCAGAACAGGCAUGACUCUGACAUGAAGAUGAUGUCGAACUAACACUGCUCAACCUUAAGUGCUCCAUUUCUUGGUUGGGCUGGAGAGGAAGCUGCUGAUGGUUGAUUGGUACUGCUGCUAUGGAUGAUCCUUUCGCGUCGUCUGCUCUGAUCGGUGGUGACGGUGUAUCUGCUAUAGCUAAGCUAGCUAGGAGAGUAGGGUUCAUGGUCUCACCUGCUGUUGUUUCCCCGAGUAAGAUUAAUUUAAUUCGAAUUAGCCGCCCGUUGUAAUGCUGUAGCUUUGUCCUAAAAGUCUGUCAGUCAGCCCCUAACGCGAGUUGUGAUGGAUGCCUGAUGAGAUAUUCACCUCCUAGGCUAGUUAAAAUACCAUUCUCUAGUGUUAUGGAUCAUGGAUUUACUUGGAUGCUCUGUUUAAUUCAGGAUGGUAUCCUGUUUUGUUUUCUUCCCUUA